AGAAAAAAAAAAGACUCAAGCCGGAACCGAAAGGACAGUAAGUGUUUCUGGGGAAAACUUCCGUGAGACUUCCGGGGGACAAAGGCGCUAGCAGGGUUAGCUUCCAGGCUUCCAUCUGUUUAUCAUCGAUUAAAAGACGUGUUUUUAAAAAUUAUUAUUAUUUUUUGCUGUGUCAGUUGAAUAUUUCUGUGUCUACAAGAACAAUAAAUCUUCGGUUCAUCUCCAGAGAACAACCAGCUGGGAAACCCAAACCAUCUCGGAACCUCCAGGUUUUCCUCAGCAUCAUGUCUGGUUCCUGCUGAUCAAGUUCUCAUGACUGAAGAGAGAAACGCCACUCUUGACCACAAGAUGUCAAAUACCAUAAGAAUAAAACAGGAGGAACCAGAACUACAGCAGAUGGCUGAGACAAAAGAGGAACCAGAACCGGAGCCAACUAAAGAAGAACAUAUUGAACUGUGGGUUUUUCAGGAAGAGGGUCAAAUGUUAGUGAUGCAGAAAACCAACACCUCCGUGGUGACGCCCACUCAUGAGGAAAUACUCUACAACACACCAGGACUGCCGCAGGUGAUGGAGACAAAGGAGGAACCAGAACCUGUGCUGAUUAAAGAAGAACAGGUGGAUCUGUGCAGUGAUCAGAAUGAAGCUCAGCUAAAGCAGGAUACUGACAGCAUCACAGUGACUUCUACUGAUGAGCAAAAUAACAGCAGUGAUCCAGAACUAAACAAGAACCAGCUCCUUCCUGCAAACCGCCCUGAACCCGAGAACCAACAUCAGCAAGGAAGCAACCAGGAAGACUCAAGAAGAGGAGAUCCGAAUCUGAGGCCAGAGAAGAGACAUCAGGACACCAGAAGUAACGGGGACAAUGUGGACAGUUCAGAACCAAAAAGACAGAAAACAGAUAUGGCUUCUUGUGAAAUAUGUGGUAAACUCUUCAGAAUGGGUCAACGCCCGCCUGACAACAUAAAAACCCACACGGGUGAGAAGCUGCAUCCCUGUGAAGUGUGUGGUAAAGCUUUUAGACACGGAGGUCAUUCAAAUAAAAACAAAAUAAUCUGCACAAGUGAAACUCCCAAAACCUAUAAACUACAUGGGAAAAUGUUUAGUAACAUUUUCCCAUGUAGUAAAGUGGAAAACACACAAGAGAAACUGUAUUAUUGUGAAGUGUGCGGUAAAGCUUUAAGAUGUGGAGGUCAUUCAAUUAAAAACAAAAUAAUCCACACCAGUAAAACCCAAAAUAAAUGUAUACUAUAUGCCAAAACAUCUAGCAACCAAGCUAGUAAAGUGGAAAACACACAAGAGAAACUGUAUACUUGUGAAGUGUGUGGUAAAGCAUUUAAAGCAUGUGACCGUUUGCCUUAUCACCUUCAAAAACGCGGAGGAAAGAAGCCUUGUGGAAAAAGUUUCACCUGGAACACUUCAGCUUUACAUAUAAGGUCUCAUACUGGUGAGAAACCACUUCCUUGUGAAGUGUGUGGUAAACAUUUAAAAUAAAUUCCCGGUUUGAGUGAUUCUAGUGAUUUGUGUGAUUAAUCGCUUUAGAGAAGACUGCAGUGAAUCAUGUCACCGUAGGAAAACAUGGCUGAAAACACCUUCAUGUAACUGAAUUAGCUGAUAAAUGAGCAUCAGAGGGUCUGAAGUGGAGUCGUGUAAUUUCUGAUUAGAUGUUUUUAUUUCUUUUAAUUUUAAAGUUUUGUCUUCAAAUACACAUUAAUAUAAAGCCAACAGGUAACAAAUCGAUAACAGGAGGUAUAAAAUUAUGUAUUUCAGCCAGAAAUGAGAAAAAAUCUGAUCAUUAUGUUUCAAAUUCUGCAUUUUAUAGAAAAUAACAGUUUAUUCAUGUGAGUAGCAGUAGGUCAUGACUUAUAUGGGAAUUUAUAUUUUAAGUAAAAAGAAAAUUGGACAGAUGAAACAGUUCAUUGUGGUGUCAUAACUUUAUCCAGCUGAACAGAAAUUAAACUGAAGUUGUUAUCUUUAACCAAAGAGGAGCGAUCUAGAAUCGCACACAGCUCCGGUGAUUACAGCAGGAAACUAGAGAUCAGGCUGACCUUUGACCUGAACCUUCAGAGCCACCCAGUUCUACAGGCCCUGAUGUUGGAUCAACCUUCCAGACCACUCAGGUCUUCUGGUUCUGGUCU